GGUGGAAUGCGAUGCUAUUUCCAUGGGUCAAGGUCAAGAAGUGCACGCUCGUCGACUACUUACACAAUCUAUGACACAAGGCGGGUGGGUUUUGCUGCAGAACUGCCAUCUCUCAGUUGCUUACAUGUCUGAGGCUCUCCACGAAUUGGAAAAUGCAGAACAGCUGCAUGACGACUUCCGACUCUGGGUCACUACCGAAGUGCAUCCUGGUUUUCCGAUUGCAUUUCUGCAAACCUCUAUCAAAUUCACGAACGAACCCCCGCAAGGAGUCAAAGCCAGCCUGAAGCGCACUUAUGGAAGCUUUACUCAAGAGUACCUAGACUUUAGUAAGUUGCCUCAAUGGAAGUCGCUGGUGUUUGUCGUAUCGUUUUUGCAUACUACGGUCCAGGAGAGAAGGCAGUAUGGACCGCUCGGUUGGAAUAUUCCGUAUGAAUUUAACACAUCGGAUUUGAACGCCAGCCUGCAGUUCUUACAAAAUCACUUGGAUGAGCUAGACGCAAUGAAGAAUAUUGAUUGGAAAUGUGUACGAUAUAUGUUAGGGGAAAUUCAGUACGGUGGCCGUGUUACCGAUGACUUCGAUAAGCGACUGUUGCUGACUUACUGCAAGGCAUGGUUUCAUGAGGCAAUAUUUUCGCCGGACUUCGAAUUUUCCCGGGGCUACCGCAUCCCCCAAGUAACGACUUUGGAAGCAAUUAUGGACUGGAUCAAUGAACUGCCACCCACAGUUUCGCCGCAGGUUUUUGGUUUACAUGAAAAUGCAAACAUUGUGUAUCAGGGGAGAAGAGCAAAAGAGAUACUCAAUUGCAUUCUGAGCAUACAACCAAAAGACGCCGGUUCUGGACUUGGAGAGACAAGGGAAGAUGCCGUUUAUCGGAUGACUGAAGACAUGCUCAGCAAGCUACCGCCAAAUUAUAUCGCUUUCGAAGUGGCUGAACGGCUGAAUCAAAUGGGUUCGCUUGAACCGAUGAACAUCUUUUUCAGACAAGAAGUGGACCGUAUUCAGCGCUUGAUCAACACUGUCCGGGUGUGUCUCACCGAUUUACAAUUAGCCAUCAAUGGGACUGUCGUAAUGAACCAAACUCUCAGAGACGAAAUGAACUGCAUAUAUAAUGCUUGUAUCCCGACAGCUUGGGUGAAGAUUUCUUGGGAAUCAUCCACCUUGGGUUUUUGGUUCACCGAACUGAUCGAACGUAAUCAUCAAUUUGCUAAUUGGCUCAACAAUGGUCGCCCGACGUGCUUCUGGAUUACCGGAUUUUUCAACCCUCAAGGAUUUCUGACGGCUAUUCGGCAGGAAGUAACACGUAAACACGAAGGGUGGGCAUUGGACAGUGUAGUUUUGUGGAACGAGGUCACCAAAUUCAUGAAUGAUGAUGUGAAUAAACCACCGUCGGAGGGAACACUUGUCUACGGUCUGUUCCUCGAAGGGGCGGGCUUUGAUCGUCGAAACUUGUGUCUCUCAGACGCUAAAUCGAAAAUUUUGUACCAGCCAAUGCCGGUGAUACAUAUACAAGCACGCGAAUUGGAAAAAGAUAAAGAAGUGCCGAAAGAAAUGCUCAAAAAUUUGUAUGUUUGUCCGGUGUACAAGAAACCGCGUCGGACGGAUUUAACUUUCGUUACCUCUUUUUACUUACGUUGCCCACUCGGUAAGCCUGCGGAAUUCUGGAUAUUGCGAGGAACUGCUUUAUUGUGUGACAUUAGAUAAGACAUGUAAAUUGUGACGGAUGGGUUAUACUGUCUUCAAAUGUCAAAUUUUAAUAAUCCACCUUAUGAAUUUUAAACUCUUUCAUUGAACUCGGUGUACUUUGAACUGUUUCGCCUUCAUUACUAUGCAUUUUAACACA